AUGGACGCCGAACCAGUAUCCCCAUCCCUACCAGGGAAUCUCCCCCCCGAAAUCUGGCAUCACAUCGUAACCUUCCUCUUCUGGACCGACCGCACCGCCCUGAAAGCCCUUGCGCAAACUAACCAAGCGCUAUACCCCGUCGCCGCAACAGCCCUAUUCCGGACCCUGCAUUUCGAGUUCAACGGCGGGAUGGACCUCUGGGCGCGAGAGGAGGCGAAACGCCCGUGGUCCGCACCCGAUCUGCCCGUGCGGUGCUGCGCCUUUGUGCGGGCGAUCGUCGUGACGGGCCACCAGCCGUGGGGAGGGGGGUUUGGUGGCGGCGUCGACGUCAUGUCGGAUGCCCAGGAGGCGAUGCUGUAUUAUCUGUUUGGGGCGGUGAAGGAGCUUCGGCAAUUCUAUUGGUGGUACGAGACAUACAUGCCCGGGGUGAUUCUCCGGCGCCUCUACGAGGUCUCCCCAACAACGGAGGUGCAUAUCCUCAGUUCCCAGGUCGCGCUGAUCCAGAGGGUACACGUGCAUCAGCCGAGCCGGGGGCCUCCGCAGCUCGCGUGUCUCCGGUCCGUCGCGGCGGAGUGGUACCGCGGCGAGUAUGACCAGGUCCCAAAUCGGGGCCAGGGUCGGGGCCAGGGUCGGGGGAAUGUGCACCGCCCGGCGUCGUUGAAGGAACUCAUUGUUCGGAGUCCGCGGCUGACGCAUCUGUCGCUCACGGGACGGCCGACGUGGCGACGGGGGCAGCGCUGGGCGAACGAGGCGCCGGGGAAGGAGGAGGAAGAAACAGCGGCCGAGAUCGAGGAACGAGGGCUGAUCACGCUCGAGGACGGGGAUCGGCUGCCGGGGACGCUGGCGCAUCUCGCGUUCCGGGGGAUGCGGUUCGGCGCCGCGCAAAGUCGUCUCUGGGCGACGGAGCUGCGCUGGGAGGGCGUGCGGUCCCUCUCGCUCGUCGAGGUGGACUGGAUUCACCUCCUGCCUGCUCUCAGCGGGGGAGGGCAGCUGCGCGAGCUGGUCUGGCUCGAGCUGGGCAUGCCGCGGCUCUCACACAGGGACAGAAGAAUCAAUCCGGAGGCUGUGCGGCAACGCGCCGGGCUGCUGGAGGCCUUCCUCCGGAGACUGCCCCGCACGCUGCGCACAUUUAUCGGAGUGGACCUGCCCGCGGACAUGGUUGCGGUGGUGGCCGAGGCACACGGGGCGGGCCUGCAGCAUCUGCGCCUGAGGACAUCAUCAUCCGGCGAUGCGGCGACUCUUGCGCCAGCCCAGCUGUAUCAACUCCCCGAGGAGUUUCCCAACCUCCGGUCUCUGGGCUUAUCUCUCCCCUCUUCGCAGUAUGACAGUGACAUUGACAGCCUCCUCAUCCCGCUCCGCCGCCUCCCGCACCUCCACCAUCUGGAGCUGAAUUUCGGUACUCGACAGUCUACCCCUCACCCCGACCAGAGGCCCGAUAACAGCAUCAUGAUCCUAGAUGCCACAAAUAUAUCCACCCUCUUCCACCGUCUCGAUAUCAUGGAUGGCCCACACCUGCGCUCCUGCCAUAUCCUGCACGGGGACUGGAAUAGUCUCGACCACCCGCCCCACCACAGCAGCCAGCAUGACGCGAUCCUCGUCGCCGAACGCGACCGCGCCGGGCAUACCCAGGUCUCCCGACUGCUGCGGUGGCGAAGGGUCCCCGGGCUUCACGCUCUGUACGGCACGCCGACAUCCUCCGUUAACCUGGUGGGCCGGACGCUGGAGGUGGGGGGAUGGCCGGGGAUGGCCGGGGAGGCAGAGGCGGGGCUGACGACCACGGCGGUCGCGGUGGAUAUGGGAUGGGGGGUGAGGGAUGCUCGGUGGGGGAAGCGGUAG